CUUCUAGGGAGCCAUGGAUGAAAGAGAGGAUGUGCCGAAAGAUUUUAUCAAGCUCAAGUCUGAAAAGCUGUCUGUAGAUGAAGUGUCAGAACUGGUCAUUUCACCAUGCUGUGGGGCAGUGUCUCUUUUCAUUGGUACUACGAGAAAUAAUUUUGAAGGGAAAAAAGUGAUUCGCUUAGAGUAUGAAGCAUAUACUUCAAUGGCAGAGAUGGAAAUAAAGAAAAUCUGCAGAGAUGUUAGACAGAAGUGGCCAUCAGUCAAACAUAUUGCAAUGCAUCAUAGACUUGGUGUGGUUCCAGUAACAGAGGCAAGUGUAAUUAUCGCAGUCUCGUCUCCACACAGAGCAGAAUCCCUUGAAGCUGUAACACAUUGCAUCAACACUUUAAAAGCAUUUGUCCCAAUAUGGAAAAAGGAGAUUUAUGAGGACGAGUAUUCUUGGAAGGAAAACAAGGAAUGCUUUUGGACAAAUUCAGAAAAAUAACUGUAAUCUUUUAUAAAUAAAGUGUUACUGCUCCUAAUGAGCAUUCUGUUUUAGCUUUGAGUUGUUCUUACAUAGUAUCUAUGUGAUUUUAACCAGUUGCAAUAGGCAUUUCAAUCUGAAAAAUCUAAUUAGGACUGUAUGAAAUUAAUGAGCAGUAUUUAGGAUUUUCUUAUAAAGUGUUCUUAAAUCCUUUGAAAUCAUCUCUGUGUACUUUUUAACACAGAAUCAGUUUUUAAAACUAUCUUUCCUAAAAGUCAUGGUUGCAAGACAUUUAGUCCUCUGUGAUAUAUACUGCUUUAGUGCUUCUGUGUUUGUAGUCUUUGUUUGCUGUUUUCAUGGGAGGUCACAGCAGAACAGUUGGAUACUAAUACUCUGCCAGCAACAAACUCGCAUUAGCAAUAGCACAUAAACUUGUACUUACCUAGACAUGAUUGAUUUUGAAGGAGUUUUUUUGGAUGUGCAAUUUUGUGAUUCUACAGGAAAAAAAAAUCCUUAAGAAUAAGUUUAAUUAGAUUUAGUAGUUUGACCUUAGACAGGUUAGGAUGCAGAGUCAUCAGAAUGGAUUAGUUGUUCAAAGAAAAGUUAAAUCUAUUGCAUAUGUACGUUGCAAGGAAUUCACAGCUUAUGUAUGCCUUUAAAUUCACAUUUAAAUUUUUAAUAGUUUUUCUCUUAUGUUUUACAACUUAAAAGGACAGACAUAGUAUGUCUGUUCUUUCACUGUAGACUUAUCUGAUUAGGAUUGUUUUCUUGAUAUUAUUCUGUACCGCAAAGUAUGGUAGAUGCUAAAAGUUCAAGGUGGCCAUUGUGUAUGACAUUUUUACUAAUGACAAAUGGCAGAUUUAUCUAAUUGUUAUUGAUGUAGAGAAGAUAGCUAUUCUAAGAAAAGGGGAAUGCAGUUAAGUAAAAUCAUUUGCUGAAGCUGAUAUAUCAUUUCAUAACACAAUACUUAAGCCUCAGCUGUAUAAAUCUGCUUCAUUCUGUCUGCAGUAAAAACCGUCACAACUGCAAACAGCACAAAAUGAAACUGGAAAAAUAGGCAGUGAUCGUUUUCCCCAGUGAUGUCAGUCUUUUUUGAUGCAUAGUGAUGGUUACUGUACUGGGUUAUAUAAACCCCAGAAAAGCAUGCAACUUCAGGUAAAGGAGUGGUUAAACUGGUUAAAGCUUUGUAGCUUACUGCUGCAUUUUCCCUCAAUGGAAGUGAGUUCUUCCUCUACAGGACAGCAGCUGUUCCUUGUAUGCAUGUGUAUACACAGUCUUCAAACCAUGUGGGCUCUAUUAUCUAGGCAGAGCUGAACAAGUUAAGGUUGCAUGGAUGUUGGAGAGAAGCCCUCUGUUAAUUUGAUUGUCGUUUUUGCUGGGAAUUGUAUGGAAUCCUGACUACAGAUCACUUUUUGAGACAAGUAAUUAUUUUUGUUCUUAAAAAAAAUUAAAAAAAACAAAAAACAAAACAAAACAAACUAAAAAAAAACAAAACAAAAACCCAAAACCCAAUAAAAAACAAAGACACAAAGUUUCCAGUAUUCUUGUGUUUUUGCACAUUAAUUUGUUUGUUGUUACCAUGCAACUGAUUAAUUUCAAGCAAAUGGCUAGCUUGCCUUGUGAUGUAAGGUUUAUGAAAGAAGUAAAGCCUGUACAAUUUUUACAUGCUCAAGCUGUGCUUUGAUGCAAGAAGACUGAUACUUAGAAGAGUUAAAUUGUACUUGGAGCUCUACAGAUUCAGAGAACCUUAAGAUGAUCUAGGUUGGAAAAAACAUUCAAGAUCAUGAAGUCCAAUGAUUGAGGGCAGUUCCUGUGUAAUCACUCUGUUGCCUUAGUACUUCUGUGGUGCUGCAGUCUCUUUGAGGAUUUGUCCAGGGUGACCUUAAGUGCACCUUCUCCUCCAGCAAUGCAGCUGGGAAGUAGGGUGCAGAAAAGAAGAGAAAGAAUAAUGGUGUACUUCCCUGCAGUGACCAGGAACAAUGAAUGGAAGAGAUGUUGUACUGAGUCACAGUUGAGUGCUACAAUGUGUGUAUGCUGCCAUGGUCAAAACAAUGAAAUGUCAUUUUGUGUCCCUAGCUGUGCAUGAGGCAAGUACUGCUUUGUUCUGGAACAAUGAUGCAUCAGUAUUGUGUAACUUUUGGUUCUUCUGCUGGCAUCUGAAAGCGAAAUGGAAAAGCCCCUAGGAGGGAUGGUGUGCAUAGAGGUAAAAUGUAUGUUGCUGAAAUGUAAAUACAUAACCUGAGCUCUUUGUUCAGGCUCCUUCUGUUGUGUUACACUCUCUGCUAGGAAGAAAUUAUUGUAAGAUGGCAAAUUACUCUUCUCUAACAUAGCUGCCUGAGGCUAUGUCUAGAGCAACCCAGAACUGCUUCCAAAUUUCCAGGCCUGGGGAUGAACUUCAGCUGCUUAACUGCAUGUCAGGGAAAGAUGUGGCUGCACAUGUCCUGGUUUCACAGAACUAGGCUGCUGGGUGAAAACUACCUAGUGUUCUGAUGACUGUGAGCAGGACAGCAGAGCAGUAUAAAUGCAGACCUUGUUGUCUGGGAUGAGUGCAGGUUUUUCUCUGAUUUGGCUACAAGUGAAGGUAAUCCUACCUCAUUGCUACUCUUUCAGCUGUGUCACAGUAAGCUAUAGAGAUGGGGCUGUGAGGAGAGAUGGAUGUUCCUGGAAGCAGACACUGUAAACCAGAGUAUAUAGAGUGAAUCUGUGACUUGUGUAGUGACCUGCAUGACAAAGGGUAUGCUGGGUGUCUUCAGAAUGAAAAUUUGUCCUUCUGAAAUGUCUUGGAUUUGACUGGUAAUAUUUGAAUAGACUGUUCCCUUUGUCUGUACAUCAGCAUUGCAUAAGUUUAAGUUUCCUGCAUCAAAACCUUUCAUUUAGUUCUGUUCACAAGAGAAGUUCAGAAUGACAGACACUGUGAAAACACAAUUUGAAAAUGUAACCGAUGGAAGAGACACCUACCCAGGAGAUGGCAGCAGAGGGACAGAUGUGUGCGGGCAUCUGCCUGGGAGCACAGCCACGCUGUGCUGGGCUCUGUGCUGGGCUCCAUCUGCUGCAAAAUACAGGUGCUCACCUCUGUAAUCCAUGAAACUACCACUGUUGUACUCAGUAAUGAGGUCUUUAAGUUACUCAAAUUUAAAGUAAACUGGCUUUUCUUUCAGCUCACUUUGCCUGUAGCUGUUCAGGGAAUUUCUGCUUCACAGACUGACUAAUCAUAGAAUCAUAGGAGGCCUUAGGUUGCAAGGAUCCUUAAAGACUCACUAUUUCGACCCCCCCUGCAAUGGAUGGUGUUCCCACCCACUGGAUCAGGUUGCCCAGGGUCCUUUCCAACUUGGGGCCCUGGACACCUCCUGAGAUUAACUUUUCUGUGUAGCCUGUGCCAGUGCCUCACCAUGCUCUGAGGACAGAAUUUCUGCCUAAUGUCUGAUCUAAAUCUCCCCUCUUUAAUUAAAAGCUAUUUCCCUUUGUCCUAUCACUAUCCAUGUAAAAAGUCAGUCUACCUCCUGUUUAUAAGCUCCCUUCUACUUACACACUAAACUACUAAAACUAGUACUACUAAAACUAAGUGUUGGUGGAGUAUAAUGAAAGUAACUCUGCACUAAACUCUGAAAACUCAGUUUUGAGCUUUUCCAUUAAGUGUUGUCUUGCAGAGGUACAUAAAGAAAGAAUUAAAAUAGGUGGGAGACUAUAAGUGAGAAGUGUUUCUUUUAAUAUCUUAGGACUGUAAUUUUCUUGGUCCAGAUAACAUGAAUUGUGUUACAAAAAUUAGCAUCCUUAUAUAUUUUGAUAGUGGUUCUGUUUUAAAAGUUUGAUUUCUGCUACUUUGAGGGAAAGAGGUAAAUCAUUUUUAAAACUACUAUCACAUCAAGGCCUGUGGUUGCCUAUGAAAAAUGAAUCAUAAGUGAAGGCACAAAGAGUGAUUGAAAAGAUAGGACUUGGCUUUUCUGAGGUUGUGUGAAUUAUGUAUGCUUUAUUACCUUUAAAGGCAACAAUAAGUUGAAGAAUUUAACUAUAGAUUUCAUAUUUGUACCAUUUCUUUAAUGCACAAGGUUUUGUUGCACUCCAUUUUUGUAUGUAAGAGAUAAUAUAUGCAAGUUAGUAGAUAGGGAAGCUGGUUUUCAAUUCUAAACACCAAAACAGGGUGUAUGACAGAAUCUUGUGCCUUAAGAUUAGAAACAUUUGAUUCUAUUUUAUGGAAAUUCUAAGGUUUAUAGCCAUAAUGUAUAUAGACACAAAGCAUGGGGCUGGCAGAAUACGGUGUAAUUUCAGAUGCCACAGAAAAUAAUCAUAUGCAUCUAGGAAAGCCUGGCCCUGGUGCAGCUUCUUAGUGUAUCUCACAGAGUCAUCACCUUAGGGUUUUUUGCUAUGUGCUACUGGAAUAAUGACAUAUUUGACCCAUUUUAUGCAGUGCUUUUUCAGUAGCAUUUCUUCUCUUUAGGGUGCUGUAUAAAAAUAAUUGAGUCUCUGUUCAGCAGUAUUCUUGUUUUUAUUAUAAUAAUGCUAUUAGGCCUUCAGAUUGGCACCACAGAGAUACAGUUCCUGCUCCCAGAGAGCUUACACACUAGUUUUCAGAAGUCUGUUUGCUUAUAAACUCUCUUUUCCAUCUAAAUGUAGUCUCAUGUGAAACUCUGAGUUUAGACUUGAUUCUAGUACUUCCAGAAGUCAGCAGCUAAAUUCAAGCCUAAGAUCAGAUAUAUAUCUUGAGAUUGUUGAAAGAGUUCCUGACUUCUCUGCUGCAAGCACAAACAGAAGCACAUGCUAAGUCCAACAUUUUGAGUAUUAUUUCAUUUGCAACAUGCUAUUUUUUUUAAAAAAAGUAAAAUUAAAAAAAUCCAUAAUACAAAAUAUACAUAAUAUUUCCAGCAUUAUUUGUGGCUGUGCCAACUUAACUUAAAAGUGCAGUAAAGUCACCCAUAACAAAAACUGAACUAGCCAUGUAAGUAUUAAUCAUAAAAGAAAAAUAAAACUAGUAUCUUGAAGUGGUUAGGAUAGAAAAUCUUAUACAUUGCUAUGCCUUCCCUUUAUUUCAGGGAAAGUGUUAUUCCCAGCAUUGAGAGGACUUCUGUUGUCAGGAACAAAAUAAAACCCAGUGUAGACUGGUGAACCGAAUCACUGCUGUCCUAUCUAUGAACUGUUAAAUAACCAAGACGUUGGGUGUCAGAUAUUGACCUGUAUUUCACACCUGUGGUUGAAGAAGGAAGUCUGACUCACUGCCUAUGUUAUUUCUUGUAUGGCAGCAUGAGAAAUGACAGAUGCUACAGUCUACUUUGUUGUGAAAUUCCUCCUAUGGCCUUAUAUGACCCUAGUUAUGUAGAAGCUUCUCGCACAUGUAGGUGUAGGAUUUUCUUUUCUUCCUUACAACUUUAUACAGUGAUUGAGACAGACAAAUUUUUAUCUUUACUUUUAGAGCAUUUGCUUGCAGGGUUCAUAACUGUAAGUCAGGACCACAUUCUUCAAGUUUGAACAAUUGCUUUUUAAAAAUUUUUUAAAAUAAUAGUUUUGAUGGUCACAAACUCAGUUAAUGGCAACAAUCUUGUCUGACAGUCAAGAUCAGAAUCCAGAUUGUUUUUCAGAAUGUUAAAAAAACCUGAACAAAUAUGUAACCUUCAAUGGAUACAAAAUAAAUCCAAAACACAUACAAUUAUAUUGAGAACAAUCCAGCUGUCACUGCAAAUGUAGCUGUUAUUUGCCAAAGAGAUAAUUGGCUCUAGUGAGUUAAAAAAAGACUGAAUAAAAUUUCCAAACACGCUCAAAUGUAAUUUUUUAAACAUCACACAGAAAAUAAAUCUAAAAGUGCCUAACUGUAUUUACAAAGUAGUUUUUGGGGAAAGAAAACAUAACUUCAGGUUCUGUGUCGGUUAGGCACAUUUAAAUGUUUUCAAGUAAAUCACAUCAAGUCAGAAACAAUCUUAGUUAUGUGGCAGCAUCCAUAAAGACGACACACGCGUCUUCUGUCACAACUGCACUGAAGUAACCACCUGCUAUGAAAGUGAAAGGCAGUCAGAAGGCCAAAUCCCCUGACUGUUACCAGUCUUACAGGGCCUUCUGACUGGUUUAUCAUUAAAACUGGGCAGCACAUGAUAAAUUUGAGGUGUGUAGCUUACACAAAGACCCAGCCGUGCUCAGAGUUCCUGCAGAGCUUUACAGUACUUUAUUAUGAAAAAUACAAGCUAACUUCUUCAAGACAUGAAGACAAAGAACCAAAUAAAAAAAAGGACAGGUACGUAGGUCACACUGAACUUUGCUCUCCUGGAGGGCACUGAGAUGCUUAAAAAAGCAAGUGCAGUGUGUAAUUUAUCACAGAAUCACCAACGUUGGAAAAGACCUACAAGAUCUUCUCCGUCUUCUGUCCUAACGUGCUUACGACCUCAGUCAUAUCCCCUUUAGCUCACCUCAUGCUCUUACUAUUGCAAAAUCUUCCAGUACAGAAGUAAGGGCAAGAUUUUGACUCUGUUCUCUAUUUAUGCCAAAAGCUAAACUGAUGUCAGGUGACCUGCGCACAUAAAGCCCAGCGUAACAGUAUUGGUAGUUCUUCUCCAUAUGAAACUUGAAAGCCAGUCAUAACAUGACGGAGAACAUGGUAUGAAAUUCUUAUUUUCUUCUCAGAGACAGCAUUCAGAAGGCAGUUACAUGUAUCGUUUGGCAGUAUUUUCCAAAAACGUUAUACUUGGAUAAUUUGUGACCUUAGUGCGAGGAAGUGGUGACCUUUUGAAACAGCAUGCCCAUCCAGUUGCCCUGUAGCACACAGAUAGACGUCUUCUUACGUAGUUCUCACUUCGUGGAUUAGUU